AUGUCAACCAAAUUCGAAGUCCGUGUGUUUUACAAGCCAUUGUUUGACGAGGACGAUAUCAUGCAGCAUAUUCGAGAUCUUGAAGAAAGCAUUGGAGCCACUAUGAAAGUCGCUUAUUUACCAUCUGAUGGUGUAGCAGACAACGACAAAGGCUUUUCGUGUGAAGUCAACGCCACCCAAUUGGAAUCUUUCUUUAGAGAAUAUUACCAGGAUCUCGCCAAGGUCACUGCAUUGGGACCCGUUCCCGAGGACGCCAAAGAAUUGAUGGAAGAAAUCAUACCUCAAUAUAUUACCCCAUAA